AUGGCUAAGGGAAGCAAGGGCAAGAAGUCCAAGGCUCAGAGCAAAAACAAAAAAGCCAAGAGCAAAACCAGUAGCGGCGGCAACAGCAAUGGUGUCAAUAAUGCUGAGAAUGGUGACGCCAUUGACAGCACCAACAAUGUUAAUACCGUCUUGGCAAACGAGUCACGCAGCAAUCCUGUAGCGGUGGAGAAUGAUGAUUCUGAAUCCACAAUGGCGGAUGAUGACUCUUCCUUGCAAUCGGAGUCCUCAGCUGCAAGAGAAGCCGCAAACGAUGGUGAUUUACCAAUUGACGACACAUCUUUGCAAGAGACGCAGACUUUGAGCGAAGGAAGUGUCGGUUUAAGCAAUGCUCACACAGAAUUCGUUGUUCCGGAAAACGAUGUUUCCGAGAUUGACCAAACUAGUACAGAAACUCUCGAGCCAGAACAAGUCCAAGUAGAAUCGACAUUAGACGUUGCUUUAACAGAGUCGGUGCCCGAAGAGCCUCCAGCUGAAACCCAAAAGCCAAGUGAGCCGAUACAGGACAAGGUUGACGAAGCUCACCAGGAGCCAGAAGACCCUUUCAGCGAUUCCAACGCAAUUGCUCGCUGCGAAAACACCGCUAAGACCGCUGAGCAAGAUUUGUUACAGGUGGAAGAACCAGCAACUGCAGAGGAUGCGACCACACUUGAAGAGGCUUUGCAAGAUGAGACUGUUCAGGGAGCUGAUGCUAGUGUAUUGUUUUCGUCGGAGCCAGAAGCUAAUAUAGUGACCGAAGAAACUGCACCUACAGGACAAGAACCUCUGAAGGAUGAUGUUUUUCCGUGGGAUAACACAGCUGAUCAAGAUUUGAUGCCAUGGGACAACAAAAAAGAAGAAGAAAGCCAGAGUGAUAUUGGAAAUAUAGAGUUAUUAUCGACGCAGAACCAAGACAUUGAUGGGGAAACCGUGAAUCCACCCGCAACUUCGGAGCAGGUAACGAAAAGCUUAAUAAACUCGGAUGCCAUUAGUGAUAAAGCCGAUGCUCCAAUUUCGUUUACAUGUGAACAGGACAUCAAGAUAGGUACAGCUCCCUCAGCACCUGCGGAAGACGAUAAGUUGCCAUGGGAUGAAGAGGAGACUGCCGAUGACAUCAGCUUCCCGUGGAACUCGGCUGGUGCAUCUAACGGAAUCGAAAAAGAGAGUACUCUAAUGAUCAGUGAGACUGCCAAUGGUAUUUUCAAAGAAGAUGAGUCUUUUUUGAACCGUUUGUCACCUGAGGAGACCAAAACAACGAAGAGUAAUGCUGAAGAUAAAUUUGCUUUCUUAGAGGAGCUACCGGAAGACGAGAAACUUUUAGGACAAAAUAAAGAGAAGACAGAGGUAUCAGAUGCAGAGGGGCCUGUAGGAGAUAAGUUUGCUUUUUUUGAGCAAGAUGAUGAUCUUUUACUAGACGAUAUUAUGGACGAUGACCUCCUUGAAGAUGAUGGCCCAACUAAUUUUGAUGGCGCCAACAACUCAACUGCAAACGCUACAACUGAUACUGUUGUAGUAUCAAAUGGUGAGAAACAGUCAAAAUAUCAACCCCAACAAGCUCCAUCCAAUCCUUCUCAGAACUCUUCACUCCUGUAUCAAACAAAUUCAAACGUAUUUGUCCCUACCCAUUCUUUGAAGCAAAACUUUUCUCAUAACGUUUUCACAACCCCACCUCCAAACUUUGCAGAACCAAACCAGAAACUCGUUUCCAAUUUGCAGCAGCAGAAGAAGAAAACCGAUGCAUAUGAUUUUCCCCAGGAUCUCUAUUUGAAAAACAAGCCAAAACCUGUCAAAGAAGUUAAACAAAAUAUCUAUACUCAGAUUGAAAACUCCAUCCAACAACCAAACCCUAACUCGGCACAGGUACCAAGUCACAAUCAAGAGCAAGUUACUAAUAACCUUUCUUUUCAACCGCCACCAGCAAUAGGUGGAGUUGGUAAUAGAUAUUCAAGAUCCAACUCUAUCAAUAGUACAAAGAGUUCUUCUUUUUUCGCUGAACUUCCCGUUUCGAAGAUCAACGAGAAGAGGGACAAUUUGCAUCUGAAAAACCCCUACAGUUUGGCUGAGAGUCAGAGUUCCAUCAAUCAAGUAAAUAAUGUUGAGAGAACUUCGAUAGGAUCUAAUAAUUCUACCUCUUCCCCAUUGAUGCCUCCAAAGAGAACGAACUCUUACAUUCCAAACAUCACCCAAUCUCCCCAACAGGAAAAUUUUUCACUGCAACAGAGACAACCCCCGGUUGCUUCCAACUUGAAUAACAAGUUCAUCCCUUCUAAGUCUCCGCCAACUAUCAAAAAACCUGCAAAUCCAUAUGCUCCAGCUGCAGUGGGUGGUCAUGUUAGACAAAUAUCUACCACAGUGACAAAUCCGAUCGAUUCAAAGCCAAAUAUUGUACCUGUUCCAAUGAAGUCUCCAAUUAGUAUAAACUCUCCCCUUUCUCCUGCCAUGUCUGUCUUUUCAGGAAACGCAAGCAAUGGUGCCAUUCCGUCUAACAUUCCAAACGCUUUUGCUCAAAAAUCCUUCUCCUCAGGAAAGUAUGCACCAGUCUCUAGCCCACAGCCUCCAUACCAGCAACAUCCACAGAUGAUACAGCAACAAUACCAGCAACAACAACAACAGCAACAAAUGCCAAUACAGCAGCAAAUUCAGCAACAGAAACAACAAUCACAACCCAAAACAUCUAUGCAAUAUGCCCCUCCAACUCAAAUGUACAACCCCCCAGCACAAGGAUCUUAUUUCCCGUCAACACAACGAGGACAAGGGCAGCCACAUUCCCAAGUGCUUUCACCACAAUUGCAGCAACAACAACAGAUGAUUAAAGAACCACAGUUUUCGAAUGGACUGGGAUUUGAUACUCAACCUCAAACGAGAAUAAAUUCGUUGGGCAAGAACAAAGCUUCAGUUAAGGGUCACAAACAUUCAGGUUCUUCGAUUAAUGAGGUGUAUGGCUCAACUAUCGAGAUGAGCAACGCUACUUCAACUGGCCUAAGAAAAUCUACAGUUUUACCCCCUUCAUUGUCUAAAGGAAAACACCAAAUACCACCAGUGUCUACAUUAACUCCUGCUCCAGUAGUGAUUAAUCCUGAAAAUCUUGUUAGACGUCAAUGGCCUCUCUUCAGCUUUUCGGCAGAAGAUAAAGUAGCUUCAAUGAUACCUGCGUUUGAUGGAUACAGCCAAAACAUAUGCAACAUCAAAGUUGUUGACACAUCUUCUAUUCUGAAGCAGGACAAUUAUGUAUCCACAUUUCCUGGACCAUUGAACAAAACCAAGACGAAAAAGAAAGAAGUCAGUAAAUGGUUAGAGGAUAAGAUUGAUUCUUUGAAUAAGUCAAAAGAUUCUACGAUAUUUGCUGAAGAGCUCACCUGGAAAUGUUUGAAACUGAUGCUUGAUAAGGUCGAGAAGCCCGGUGAUUUCAUGGAUAGGGAUUACAUUAAAAGUAUUGCUGCUUUAUUAAAUCCUUCUUUGAAUGUUACAGAUGCCAUGAACAACACUUUUGACAUAAUUGAACUAACUAGGUUGGGCAAGAGUUUCACUCCGAAUAAGCCAUUCAAUUCUUUUUCAUUUGAUGAUAGUGGCUUCGUCACUGUCCAUAAGAUGCUAGAGGUCGGCGAUAAAAAAUCUGCCCUUGAAUUUGCAGUGGCAGAGGGAGAUUGGGCUAUGGCUUUGUUGAUAUCAAACUUGAUGGGUCCUAUAGCUUUUGACCAGACAAUAAAGUUAUAUGCGACUACUCAUUUCCAAGGUGAUUCCAUGGGUCAAGAUCUCAGCUUUUUUAUUCAAUCGAAAUCACAAGGAGGAUUUUCAGUCGAGCAGUUGAAAGGUAAAGAGAGCUGGCUUGUUGAAAAUUACAGAAUUGUUGUUCCAUUUGUCAUGAUGGAUAAUCCGGAAUAUGGCAAAAUUUUGAGUGGUAUUGGUGAAGCGCUACUGAAAGCAGGUUAUACAGCUUACGGGAAAUUAUCGUAUAUCCUUUCUGGCUUACCACUGAUUCCAAAAUCUUUGAGCCAGCUUCCUUCAUCCAUUUACGGUAUGAUAGUAGAAGAAAUUUAUGCGUUCGCUUUAUUAUCUACAGGAAACGUUCCUCCGAAUUUUGCUAGUGGAUUUCCACACAUGAUACCACUAAAAAUUCGUCAUGGAGGAUAUCUUGCCGAUAUUGGUUAUUCUGUGGAAUCCAAAAGGUAUUGUGACUCAACACACGCGUCAAUCACUUCAAAACAGUUUUUUUGUGAACCUGCUACUCUACUGGCGCAAAAUAACUUAUGCGAUAGGUUAUCUCAGGUGGGUUCAGGCUGGUUGAGCUCAAAAUUAAGUCGUCCACAAUUAGAUAGAGUUUGGACAACUCUAGACAAAUCCUUCAACAAAUUUGUGUCAGGUGAAGACAUCCCACAGAAUGAACCUAAAACGGAAGGCGUUUUUGCUAAAUUUACGUCACCAGCCUCAAUAUCUAGAACUUCUUCCACAUUGGACCUAACGGAAGUUAGAAACAGCAUAACUAGAAAGCCUAAUGGUAACCCCUACCUGAGUUCACCUGGUCAUAUUUCGCAACCUCUUGGUUCUGGCAGCUCUUAUGGUGGAUCAGCCAUGGUUUCCGGAUCUAGAUCAUAUCUUCCUCCUCCUUCAAUGCAGGAAAACCUCAUGACACGUAAUGUGUCUUUAGAUAGUAUUGGUUCUUACUCUGGUUCUUCAAUUCCACACCCUCCAGGACCAAACAGAUAUACCCCAGGUAAUAGUCUGGCUAAUAUUUCGUCUGAAUCAAUUUUGACCACUGCUUCUCAACCUACUUCAAAUUCAACUCUAUUGGGCCAACCUUUUGACGAAAACAGAAAACCGAAUAUUUUCAAUCCGGCUCCUGCUGCAAAGAUGCAAUAUUCGCCUAAGGCGCCACCUGCUCGUACUUUGAGCAAUGCUAGCUUGUUUACCCCAGCAGUGAAACCUAUGUCAUCUUCACCUGUGGCUGGUAGAACUCAACUCGCACAACCAUCUUUUAAUGCCAAUACAUUCUCGACACCUUCAAGUUUACCGCCAAAGUCCUUGAAGGUAUCUCCAGUUUCUCAGUCAUAUUCGCCGGUGUUACCACCAAAUCUGCAUGAAACUAAUACGACUAUUCUGCUAGAAAAGGAAAAACAUGCAGAUACGGAAAUUGCACAAGCUCACCAGGAAAUUGAGAAACCAAUUUUACCGGAGACUUCCAAAAGUGCUCCACUUCCUCCUAAGAAGAAACAAAUUUAUCUUCCUCCUAAGGAAGAAUAUGAUAGCAUUUACUCCGUCAAUGAAUCCACCAAAUCAGGCCCUGCUCUGGAGUUAGUUCAGCCUGAACAAACUCUAAACGCAUAUGAGCAAGAAGUAGGUGAUGCAACUAAAGACACUAUUGCCGUUGCGAUUAAUGCAGAAGCGGCAGAAAAAGAUGUUUUCCCGCUGCCUGGUGGAGAAGUUGAGGAUGAAGCAAAGAAAGAGAUUUUAACGAAAACAGAGGAUUCUACUCUUUUAUCUCCUGCUCAGAAAGCGAUUGAGGCUGACGACGAUAUUUCUCAGACUUCUGUUGAUAAGCAGAAUACUGACGCAAUAGCAACAAUUGACCAAACUCUCUCAAAUGAUGCAGGCAAUACCCCAGCGUUGAAUGAAUCUAACCGAGCUCAUAAAGAGGAGGUCAAAGAAGCUGAUGAAUUACAGGAAUCUAAACAAACCAAUUCAAAUCCAAUAGUCUCCAAGCCUCCACCACCUCCGUCAAAGAUUACUCCAUUUAGGCCUAAUGCAGGCAGAGCAGCUUCAAGAUCUGUAAACAGAUAUGGUCCAUCGACAGCUUCGGCUAACAAAAAAGCAGUUAACCCUUAUGCUUCAAUCUACGCACCCAAGCAAUUAUCUCCAAAAUUGGCAUAUGCAUCUGAAACAGAUUCUGGUGAGCUAGCUGCCGAUACUGGAAUCCCUGCUGGUAUUCCUCAGGUAGAUAUGUUCAAUUUUGGUGGCUACAGUACUCCACCCCCUGCUGCAUCAUCAGUAAAUACUGAGAAUUUGGACGAUAAUAGCAAUACAAAUGAGGUUGAUCAAGCGGAAGGUGAAACAGAUGCUGAAAGUAAUGGAAAGCCAAGAGAAGACAUCAAAUCUGGGCUCUCGGAAACAAGGUCAGAAGAAAACAAUUUUGUUCCAACUUAUCACCCACCUACUCAAAUGGGAGUGAAAAGUAGGAAGUCACCUAUCCAAUCCGAGAUAAAAUUGACUAAUAUGUUCAGCCCUCCAACUGGAUUUGCCGCCACUGCUAAUAAAGCAUCAAUAAUUUCAUCUCCUUUACACCAGUUUACUGAGGAGAAGCGUUACUAUGCACAGGACACUGGCGAAUACUACGAUGAUGUCGUUGACGAAGACUCGGACGAAGAUCAUGGUGCCGAAGCCAACCGAAAGGCCGAAGAAGAGAAAAAGAAAUUAGAAGAGGACGCGAAGAGGAGGAAACAAGAAGAAGAGCAAAAGAGAAAAGAAGAAGAAGAGACAGCUAAAAAGAAGAACUCCAGCAAAGGUGGUGAGAGUGGAAGAUGGUUUGGAUGGUUAGGUAAAGGUAAGAGUGAUGACAAGCCUAAACCUAUUAAGGCAAAACUAGGAGAAGAAAAUUCGUUCUAUUACGAUGAGAAACUCAAAAGAUGGAUCAAUAAGAAAGCUCCUCUGGAAGAGCAAAUAGCGGCAAGUGCACCUCCGCCACCGCCAGCGAUGAAGAAGGUCAACACUACGCCAGCAACGCCUGUUGGUGGUCCACCAACUGCACUACCACCAACGUCAACAACGAACAAUCACCCAUCGAUGGGUGCUCCUUUGGCUCCAAGAGCUGCCAAGAAAGACGGCAUUGAUGAUUUGUUGACGAUGGGCAGUGCAGCCAGCGCAAGGAAAGGUGGAAGAAGAGGACCUCGUAGAGGUUAUGUUGAUGUAAUGGCACAAAAAUAA